AGAUUCUGGCCCGCUUACGAGUCGAUUCUUCAACACAGUCGCAACGAGAAACAACUGAGAGACGUGAUCGGACAAUUCUUGGAAUCAACCAGCACACAUUGGUUACAGCAUGUUUAUGAAGUUUUUGCGCUCGCCAAAUUGAAUCAACACCUUGAAAGUAUACAAGCAGCAAGGAGGCUUAUAAUGGGCGGUUUGAAAGCUCAACCAGCACUUCUCGUUCAAAUGGCAAUAUCAUUUCAUGAGAUUUAUGAAAACACUGAAGCCUGUGAACAAUUUCGAAACAUUGCCCAGAUUGAUCCACUGCGAAUCGAAGGAAUGGAACAAUACUCGAACACACUUUUUCUGAUGAAUAACAAAGCCGAUCUCUACAAGUUAGCCUAUCGUUUUUUGGCGACGCAUCGCUUCAAAUGGGAAACCUGUGUGAUGUUGGGCAACUACUAUGCGAUUCGAGGCGAGCACUUAGCGGCAAUCAAAUUCUUCGAGCGGGCACUUCGAUUGAAUCCAUACAAUGCACGUUGUUGGACUCUGAUUGGGCACGAGUACAUGGAAAUGAAAAAUCACUCGGCUGCGUGUAUCGCUUAUCGGAAGGCUUCAACAAUUUCACCAGAUGACCCAGCUCCAUAUUAUGGAUUGGCGACAAUGUACGACAUUUUGAAGAUGCACGCCUACAGUCAUCGCUACUAUCUACUGGCUUACAAUCUACGACCUAUGGAUUCGAGAAUGUUGAUUGGAUUGGCGGAGUCGUACUUAAAAUUGAACAAGAUCGACGAUGCGAAGAAAUGCUUCCUCAAAGCUUUUCAAGUGGGCGAUGUUGAGGGAACGGCUCUGUUAGCGUUAGGGAAAAUCUACGAUAAAUUGGAGGAUUCAAAUCGAGCCGUGCAAGCAUUCCAGAAGUACCUCGUCUUGUAUGUAAAGGUUGCUCCCGAACAAAACCUGGCCACAGCAGCCAUCUACUUGGCGCGUUUCUUUUUGAGGAAGAAGAAGUUCGAUCUUUCGUAUGGCUACGCGAUGCAGUGUCUCGAUUAUGAAAUGACAAGAGAUGAGGGUCGUAAUCUGAUGAUCGAUGCGAAUCAGAUGAAAGCCGAGCAACUCCGAGCUAGCACCUCACAACCGUCAACACCAGCUGUUCAGCAUAAUCUUUCCACCGCGGACAUGGUUAUCGAUGAGGAUGACGAGCCAAGUUUUGAAGAC